AUGCCUGAUAGCAUGCCAGAAAGCAGUAAGACUCCCUACGGAUACGAUUCUGGCGGCGGAUUCCAGGAAAUCUCGUCAUUGCAGAACCUUUUUUCGGAACUUGCAACUCAAAUAUCCACCCGCGCUAUUACCUCCUGCCAUGUCAAAAACUCCUACAGGAUCGCGGACAAGAAAUCCGAGGAAGCCCUGAAGGCGGACUGGAGCAAGGUCCAGAACAGUGCCUUCGCAUUGCAAUUCCACGUAAAAGAUGCUGCCAAUUAUCACCAGUUCCAACUCAAAUGUGAUCGAAUUAGCUUCCUGCACGAUGAGUUCUGGCAGCAAGUGAAAGAGGAGACGGAACUUUACAGGGUUGCAGGAGAACAAGUAAGGUUCGGCAGUUUCUUGCAGGCGAAGCUGAGCAGUAUUAAGCAGAACUUGGCCGAAUUGGAUCAACUGCACAUCGCUUCGAAGUCAAUCACUCCGCUGCUGGACGGCGCGAUUUCGCAUAAAUCCACUGGGGUUAUGUUGAGGGAGUUUCUCGAUGAAUGCCACGGUGAGUACCUCAAACGGGGCCAGUCUGUUCACAUUCUGGGGUCGUGGUCAGCUUCAAACGUCGUGUCUGCGUUCCAACCAAUGCUAACCGUUCGGACUCCAGCGAGUAAUAAACAGAUAAAUGUUCCAUCAGUCUACGUUAGACCAAUCGGCAGCGACCAAGAAUCUGUAGAUCGCACUAUUUGGAUUUAUGAGGGCUUCCUCGAUGUCUGGCGCAGCCAAAUCGACGACUGGCUGUCUCUUGGAUUGUUGCAUUUCUCGACAGUUCUUGAGAAGGUCACGAAGUAUGAGGAAAUCACGUUCGAGAACCGACAGCGAAUUCGAGAGUUUCUAGAUGAAUUGGAGUCUGCUUUUCCCCAGAUCCAUGGCAGCCCAACGAAUGCUGAAAUUUUGCGGAAAACUUCCCUAGCAAGGGCUGAGCUGCGAAAUUCUGAAGAAGGUAGUGUCAUUGCUCGUGAUCAAGCGUCUCUCUUUUGUUUAGUCGCUCGAACACAACCAGGUAGUUCUGAAGACAUCUCCAACGUGGAACUCGAUGAGUGCUUUUUAAUACUACGAAAACUGAAGGAACAUAUGCGGCGCUAUAGUUAUGCACGGUCGCAGACUAGAAGAAUGCAGAAUGAUAAAAGGUCUCAAGAAAAAGAUGAUCUCCAAUUCGACACGGUGAAGUGCCUGAUAGAACAAAGUGAUCAGCUUAUUCAAGAGUUAGAACAUCUGGCUUCGGAAGUGGAACUACUUGGGAAGGAAAUUUCCUCGAAUUCUGCUGGCCGGGUCUUAGUGCAGAAGUUGAAGGCCUUCUUGACACCCACAUCCACAGGUGAUCACACUUGUGCACAACAUUGGACGAAGUCAUUCACAUCUGACAUGUUCUCAUUUGGUGCAGUCGACGAGGUUGAUCACGGGAAACCCUCGUCUUCUCUAGUACCAAAUCGAGAGAUGGGAUCAGGUAGAGGCACCUCAGGAAUAUUGAAAGGCGACAACAAUUUGACACCCGAUAUUGACUGUGGUAAGGUGAAUACGGCUUCAAUAACGUCCUUUCAUGUCACCUGUGACCAUCCAUCUACUGCCAGAGGUCAUUACGAUCGACUCCUUGAGGCGGGUAAAGUAAAUGAGACAAAGGCUUCGAGGGUAAUCGUGAGAGGCAAGGAUAGUUGCCUCUCAGUACGGAUUAGUCCGGCCACUUUAUGGGUAGGAAAAGCACAAAGAAGAAAGCUACUUGCAAAGCCCUGUGUUCCAUUUGAGAUUUGGAUGGAAAGGGAGGCGGAAAAGGUUUCGCUUAAAGUUGAAGGGCUUCGUGAUUCGAUUGGAGAAUUGUUGAUUCUGCUGACGCAAACAAAGGACGGAACUUUGGUUGGUUUUAAAAGACCAGGAAAAACUGACGACGCGAUGACCCACGUUGUCUUCGGAGACGGACCUGGUUUGGGAUUAAAUGACUCGGUAAUCAGCCAAACGUGUCAUGUUGAAAGUCACUUCAUGCAGCUACCAAAACGCAGGAGACGCCAUUCAGAGCGCAGUGUUGUCGAGGUCACGGACACGAGGUCGAGGUUUAGUUUUGGACUUGAACCGCCACAACUUUGGGGCCCAAAACGA